AUGUAUGAGAGAAGGAGUCUCGCUGGGAAUAGCAAAGGAAUAAAGAGAACCAGUGAACAACUCAAAACGGCACCGUUUUCCCUUAGGGUUAGCGACUCCUCAACUCCUUUGAAACCUGAUACUCUUCCCUCCUCAUCUUCGUCUUCGAUAACACGCCGCCGCAACCGCCAUCCUAACCGCCCGAGACCUCCGAUUAACACCGCAAACAGCCUCGCCUCAGUCUCAUCUCUUCAAUCCUCCACUUCGUUUCAAACCAGAGGUAUCUUCAGGGCAAUUGUUAUGUUAAUGCAGGGGCUGUUAUGGUCUUUUUGUAUUAUUCCCGAACGGGUUAGUGAAGUGAACUUGAAUGGAUACAAGGCUGCUGGGCAGGAUUUUGCUUGGGCAAGUUAUGAACUGGGUGAGAUGGAUAAGCUAUAA